AUGCCGGAGUCAACUAACUCUAAAAAGGUUGUUUCGAAAAUUUGUAUGGCGGAGGUAGAUGUUCGCGGAAUCGUCAAUAAUAUUCCACAACACAAACCAAUUCGUAGGCAAUCAGUGAUUAGUCAACCUAAAGUUUGGUCAAAAGCAGAUGUUGCAAUAUCAGCUACGGACAGAUAUACACAAUCACUAGCAGCUACAAUGAUUCCUACCAAGCAACCAGAAGUUGUCGUUAUUGACUAUCCACCACAGCCAUUUAAUCCACUACAAGCAUUGACGGCGAUCACACAACAAUUGAUUUCGUCUGCUUCUAUAUAUCCAUACCAUAUAUCGUCACAUGUUCCGUUCUCACAACAUCAGAUUUCAAUAAAUUCAUAG